CACAAUCUUAUCAUCACGGUCGCGCCUCCCGCAAAUAUCACUAGACAUGCCAGCGUCCGUCCUCGGCAAGCGUACCCGGAGUUCAACAAAUGCAUCAGACGCCGGAAUACAAACGAGGGCAAAGCGCCGCGAGACACUGGUGGUGGGAAACGACGAAAACGACAACCCAUUCUUCAACCCAGUAUCCUCUCCCGUGACACAACCAAAGUCCACUCCUUCGAAACCUGUAACGGCAUCGCCGAAUAAGAUCAGCGCCCAUUUUUCUGUUUCGAAGACCAACAAGCCAUCAUCCAUUCCUGCAAAGUCGAGUCCGCUUGCUACACCACAAACACCGAGACAUCGCGAUGCCCUUGCCUCAAAAAUCACCAUCACACCCAGACAUCAACAUCUCAUCGCUAGCAAUUCCUCGAGUCCUCGCAGCCCAUCCACCCCUUCAAACGCCGCCAACAAUGUCUACAACCAAGCUCGUCAGAUCUUUGCGAGAUGUACAGAUCCAGGUGUCUUAGUAGGAAGAGAAGAAGAGAAGGAGCAGCUGUCCACGUUCAUCUCGGACCGUCUCAACUCUGGCGAAGGUGGAUGCCUAUACAUCUCAGGCCCUCCAGGAACUGGAAAGAGUGCUUUCGUGGGAGAUGUCUGUCAAGAGUUCACUUCGGCUGUGAACCAGAGAAUGGCCAUCUCAACCGUCAACUGCAUGAGUAUCAAGACAGCUAAAGACCUGGCCAAUACCCUGUCAAAAGACCUCGAUCUCAACAGUCUGUCUGGACGCGCUGCAGACUUCGACUUCCUGCGAGCCAACUUCUUCGAGCAAGGGAAGAAGUAUGUUGUCAUUCUGGACGAGAUUGACCGCCUUGUGGAUCUAGAUCUCAAGUUGUUGUACAGCCUCUUCGAAUGGUCCAUGGAGCCUUCUUCGAGCCUCAUUCUUAUCGGAAUUGCCAACGCCCUUGAUCUGACUGACCGAUUUCUGCCUCGUCUGAAGUCGCGCAAUCUCAAGCCGAAUCUCCUGCCAUUCAUGCCUUAUAACGCUCCUCAAAUCGCCCACAUCAUUACAUCGAAGCUCAAGUCAUUGGACACUUCGCCAUCAGACCCCAACUUCAUUCCAUUCUUACAUCCCGCAGCUAUUACAUUCUGUUCCAAGAAGGUCGCCUCGCAGACUGGCGAUCUGAGAAAAGCCUUCGAUAUUUGUAGAAGAGCUGUCGAUAUGGUCGAGUCGGAGACAAAGGUCGAGCAAGCACGUAUCCGUCUGCAAGAGAGAAGCCCUUCCAAGACACCUCUAAAGGAGAACAUGAACCUUGCGUCUCCCGCUGUCAAGUUGGCUGCCUUCCAAAAGUCUGCUCUCAAGGACCCUCGCCAAACCACUCUCUUCUCAUCAAUCAGCCAUCUCACUCUCGAAAAUGCACCCAGAGCUACAAUCGCUCAUGUCGCCAAAGUCACGGCUGCUGUCUUUAGUAACGGCGCAUCCCAACGUCUGGCCUCUCUCAACCUGCAGCAGAAAGCUGUACUCUGUGCUCUAUCUGCACUUGAGAAGAAGAAGCGCGAGGCACCCAGCGUAGUCACCUUCCCAAUGACUCCUUCCAAGCACGCCAACUCUGCACCCACAAUUAGACAAUUGUAUGAAGCCUACAGCACGCUAUGCAACCGCGAGAACCUGCUUCACGCACUCACCAGCAUUGAGUUCAGAGACGUAGUCAGUGGUCUGGAGACACUUUCUCUUGUAUCUGCUGUAGAGGCAAAGGGUGCUUCGUCAUUCUCGAUGCCAUUGACUCCUUCUCGCACACCUAGCAGAAGAUCAAAGUCUGGCUUCACUGGCGCGGCUACUGGUGAUGAUAGACGAAUGGCUGCUUGUGUCGGUCAUUCUGAGUUGAUCUCGGCUCUCAAAGGCCCUGGAAGCGAUAUUCUCAAAGAGAUGAUCGAAGGCGAUGGCAUUGUCGCAUAAGAUCUGUUUUUUGUUUUGUUCAGACAUCUUUGCAUGUCCUGUAUCUUUGCUUUUACUUUUCUGUUUUUCUUACACAUUGUUCCAACAUUAGCGAUUGCAUGGCGCAGGGGGAUUAUCUUUCUUCAUGACCACAAGGUCCAGGUAUGAAGUGUAUCAUGAUGUGUUUUGGACGAGGAGGAAAGGGAAAAGACGUAUUUUAGCUGGACUGAAUGGCUUCUAUCACGAAGAUGAGAACGAGGAAAUAGAUAGAGUAGAGUAGAGCUCUUCAUGAGCUGAGAAGAAAUCACAAUGACAAUCUUCACAAC